ACGAAAUAGGAUCUGGCGACGGCUUUCUGUACUGUGAGGUAUUUUUUUAUAUCGACCUCCCCAAUCGGAAUCGUACGAGGCAAAUAGGUGAAGAAAAUCCAGUGUUGGAUUUUCGGAACGAUUUUCGUCUCCCAAGGAACAGAAUUUCAUCGCUAAGGAACGCUUUGAAUCCGCCAAGAUCUUGCGGUGAUUUCUACGUCAAAUUUUAUCCCUGAAAAGGGUUGCUGUAUUUUAUCGGGAGGUUUUUUGAAGCGAACUCGCAACCAUCAUGUUAUCGCAAACAGUGAAAGUCUUAUGGAGUGUGGUGCUGUUGCAGUUGUACGUGCACCGCGGUGAUGCGGGAGUAGUCAGCAUUGCGGCGCUGUUUGGUACUGAGUCUACAGACGUGAAAUCGGUCAUCCAAGAUGGCGUCCAGUACAUCAACAGAAACACCAGUAUUCUCUCGGAGGUGCACAGUAUCGAGUACACGGGCAUUGUUGGCGUCAAGACCUCCAAUUCCGUCUUCUCUGCCUUGGAUGAUGUUUGCAACCUCAUCAGUGGGGAGCGGCCCUCGGCUAUGAUCCUCCCGGAGGAUAAGUGCCCUGAUUGCGAGGAUAUCGCAGGCAUCGCAAGCCACGCCUCCAAUCCUGUCUUCUCCCUGGAUCAUGGAUCCUACGACUCGGGCUCCCUCGCCUUCAAGAUGCACCCGUCUCCCGAAGACACCAAUAACUUAUUCGUGGACAUCCUGGAGUACUUCGAGUGGCGGAACUUCAUCAUCGUUCACGAUGGUGGCAAUGCCCUGGAGUUCUUGCAGGAAGUUCUGAACAUUCAGCGGGUGAAUGAGUGGAAUAUCACGGCCAUCGAGCUCGGAGAGAGAGGCAACCACGAAGGCUACAUGGAGCUCGCCGGCAAGAUCAAAGCCGAGUCUUCAAGAAACCUCUUCCUCUUCUGUUCCUCAGAAGCCAACGCUAAGGCAUUCAUAGUCUGGGCUCAAGCGAACCCCUCGGCACAGAUUUUGAAUGCCAAGUACCACUGGGUCCUUGGAAAUAUUGACAUAUCUCUGGACCGAACCUUCAGAACCGAGCUGGAGAAAACCAACGCGUACAUCACGCGCUUUGGCAUGAACUACACGCGUGAAAUCCAGUACGCCCAGCCCACCUCCAUAUCGACGUCGACCACCGAGUGGCCAAUGAGAAACCGCCUGGCCUUUGACGCCGUCAUCGCCGUAGGCCACGCCCUCAGGCUGUAUCGUGAAUGGAGAGAGGACAAUGGCGAGUCUGGCACAGCCGUGUUGCCUGGCGACACCCAGAUGCCGCCCUGCCCAACCUCCUCGGCCACGCCCACUGAAAAUGCCCUCAGCAGAUACCUUAAACAGGUUGCUUUCGAAGGAAUUAGCGGAAACGUUGAAUUUGACAGCAAAGGCAAUCGCGUCAACUACACGAUUUCUAUUUACAGUGGACAGUUCCGGACCCUGGACCAAAUGAGAGGAGAAUGGACGCAGAACAAGGCUUACUGGGAGCAAAAAUGGAAGAGAAAAUGGGAGAGCGAAGGACACCUCAAUGUGACCUAUCACAACUAUGCCUCAGAACGAACCAUCAAAAUUGUCACAAUUGAGUCCAAGCCAUUCCUGAUGUUGAAGGGUAACGAUACCCUGACCGAUCAGGGUAGCUACGCCGGCAACAACCGCUUCGAGGGUUACAUCAUCGACCUGAUGGAGCGCAUCAAGACCCACAUCAAGGGCAUUGACUUUGACUACCAGGUGGAGCUGGUCGCGGACGGGAAAUUCGGCAGCAGCCACCCCUAUAGUAAGAUCUGGGACGGCAUGGUCGGGGACGUGGUUCGUAAGAAAGCCGAUAUUGCAGCAGGACCUCUGACUGUCACCCCUGACCGUGCGGCGGCCAUAGAUUUCACUUACCCCUUCAUGAGCUCCGGUAUCACCAUCCUGAUGAAACACCCUAACUACGUCCAGCACAAUCCUUUCCGUAUCAUGUACCCGUUCGGUAUCGAGGUCUGGUUCAUCAACCUAGUCGCUUUCUUCAUCAUCAGCGCCAUGUUGUAUUUCUUCAACUACUUCGAUCCUUACGAGUGGCGAGCAGCGGCAGAGAGGCGAGAGACCUUCGAGGAGAACGCCGAGAACUUCACCAUGAAGAACUCGCUGUGGUUCGCCACUACCACCAUGUUCCUGCAGAGUUUUGAUGCUUCACCGCGCUCCAACGCCGGUCGCUGCCUCGCUGCCUUCUGGUGGGUCUUUACGAUCAUCAUGGUCUUCCUGUAUCUGCUGAACCUCACCCACUUUGUCACCACCAACAAGAGGCUUGCCUACGCCAAGACGGCAGAAGAUCUCUUGGAUCAGACCGAGGUGGCUUUUGGCAGCGUCGAGAAGGGUUCCACUUAUUUCUACUUCAAGAAGUCCAGCGUGCCUGAGUUCCAACGUCUGUGGCAGCACAUGAAUACCCGUAUUCCUUCCCCCUGGGUGAAGAACGUUCCUGAGGGCAUCCAACGAGUCCGGGACAGCAAUGGUUACUACGCUUUCAUAGGUGAGGCUGGUGAGCUCAACUUCCUGGCUAGCAAGAGGCCAUGUGACCUCCUUGUGUCUGGUACCUACAUCACUCGCACCACCUAUGCACUGGCUGUGCAGAAGGGCUCCCCGCUUCGUGAUCAGCUCUCCAGUGCCAUCGAGUCUCUGCGUGACACCGGGGUUUUGGAGGAUCUUGAGAGGGAGUGGUGGGAUCUGGACAUACGUCACCAAGAAUGCGCCAACUUGACCACCUGGGAGAGGCAGGGUGUCUUCUCUCUGACUACAGUCGAUCUUCAAGGCGUCUACUACAUCCUUGUGAUUGGUAUCAUCUUGGCCGCGGUCACUUUCAUCUUGGAAUCCAUCUCAUAUUCUUGCAGCGGUGGUAAGAAAAAGAGUAGCAGCAGCGCUCGUAAUGGUGGUAUGGGAGGUGGCAUGAGUGGCCCGCGUGGCGGAGGCGGUGGUGCUGUUGGUGGACCGGCAAGUGGCGGUGGAGACGAAAAGAUGUGGAUCUAGACCUACAGUUUUGGGGUUUUGACGGAAAAAGAUCUUUCCAAAACUGACCGGCGCCUAUCACCAAAAACUCCUUACAUGUUUUUAUUUUUAACGUAGCAAAAUUUAAAGACAACUUUUCCGAGCAAAAGCCCAUGUUCUUUUUAAUGAGAAACAGUUUCGAUAUCAACAACAAUAAGAGAAAGUUUAAUGCAGAGUCUUGUAAGACCUGACUCAUCAAAGUUGCUACGAAUGAAAAAAGAAGAAUUUUCUUUUUUAGGUUGAACCAGAAACAUGUAAUGAAGUGUAUAUUCUAAUUCGCACAUUUAUGUUUACUCAAGCUAACCCGAGCAACACUGCAUUGCUUUAUUGGCGUAGAUGUUAUACUCAGAAAAAACAAGCACUGUAUUUAUAAGCUUUUUUCCAAAUUUAGGUAUUUGAUUAAUUUAAACGGAAUUAUGGAACAAAAGAACUCUUUUUUACAAUAAUGAGCAAGGUUCUGUAAUUGUUUGAAAAAUGAAGCACAUUGUCUUAGUAAGGUUUAAUAAAUUUAGAUGUUUUGAAAAGGCUGAAACACUUUUUACAGGGUGAGAAAUUUUACGCUCUCAACAAUAAAGUUUGAAAUCCAGUAUUGUGCGAGUUGCAAGUGGUUUGUAGUAUGUAAAAAUCUCAAUUUUUUGUACAAAAUGGUAAUGGGGCAAAGUUGUACAUAUAUCUGCGAUUAGUUAGUUAUACGUUAUUUGUAUGUGAGCUUCGUUAUAUACUUGUUUCCAAUUACAUUUAGAUGACACCAUGUUAAUAUUGUUCGUUUAAUGUUUUCGUUUUUUGUUUUCGUUGAAGAAUCACAUAGUAUGUAUGUUUGUAUGUGGUAUUUUGGUUAAAGUUUUGUAAUUAGUCUCAUUUCAAAAGUUGAAGUCCAAUUGGAACCAAACUUGGGUCAUAGAUGCAACAUGGGAACCUGCAUAUGAUAAUGAUGUCAAAGGUCGCAUACCAAGGUCAAAGGUCAUCUGGGGUCAAGUUGUAAAAUAGGCUGAACAUGUAAAAUUGGUCUCAUUUUAUUUGAAAAGUCGAAGUCCAGUUGGAACCAAACUUUGGUCAUAGCUGCAACAUGGCAACCUUCAUACUGAUUAGUCACUCUUUAAAAAUAAUCGCGAAAGUAGGAGAUGCAUGGUUCGCGAACCAUCUUGUUUAUAUUGUCGUUCGUGAAGCUUUUUCCAUUUUCCCCAGCUUUUGAAAUACAUGUACAUGUAACUGUAUGUGUUAAAAAAAAGUUACCAAUUAAUUUAGUUCUUUGCAAUUGUCAACUUUGAAAAAGUCAAGCGAAUAGUUGUUACUGUUGUUGGUGUAAUCAUUUGCAAUAUCAUAGUUAUGCUUUGAAAUGACGGUAGACGGAAAUUUCAUUUGUUUACUAAUUUGUCUAACUUCCCAUACUAUAUUCAUAACCAUAUCAUUUAGAUUUAUGUUAAUCAGCAUUGUAGAUAAGCAUUUUUUAUGAAGUGUGUAUAAAUUUCUGGUUUGUCAAAAAAAAAAAAUCAUGCUUUGUUGGUUAAUGCGUUUAAAUAAAAAUUACUCAGCUACAUUUUAUACAGGA